AAAUUAUUUGUUGUAAAAUAAACAUAGAUUUUUGUCUCGGAUUUAAGUUUUUGUAGAAAAAAAUGGCAACGAAUCCCAGCCCCAGCACUAGCAAACGUGUGAAGGGUGGUGCAUGCUGCGAGCCACCGCCGGCCUGUUGUCCAGAACCUCCACGUGAACGAUUCUGUCAUGUGCCGGAAUUCAGUCCCUGCUCUACGCAAAUGUGCAAGUAUUUUGGGGGCCACGAUGAUCCCUUCUACCCGCCGUUGGACACCAAGGAGUGUGGUCGGAGUCGUCGCGGCAACUACGACAGAUCCCUGGGCUAUCCGAUCGGUGUGGUGGCCAGCAGCAACCCGGUCAAGUCGGGCAUCGCCAAUCAGGAGUGUGUACGCUACGCGGGCAACCUCAAGGGCUUCGCCCACAGCUACUAUACGCGACGGGACGAAUGGCUGCCGGCGAUGAUCGACCAGGUGGUCGCCGAGGGUCAGGUGCUGUUCAGCGAUUCCGAGGGCAUGGAGAUGGCCAACGACUCGGUAAAUGCCGAGGUCUACGACGAGAACGAGCAGCGGGUGACGCGCCACUUCAAGAUCAACGAAUUCGAGUUCGCCAUGGAACUGGAGCCGCCCAUCGAGAUGCCCGACUAUCCGAAUAUCAUCACGAAUCUGCGCCGGAUCAUGCGCGCCUUCUUCAAGCACGUGAAGUACGGCCUCUUCUGGACGGCCAACUGGUAUCUGCUGAUCUGGAAGGAGAAGGGCGUUUGGAUGGUCCUCGAUCUCAACGGACGCGACACGGACACCCUGAAGGCGAAUCAGGACAGCGGGUUUCCCGUGCUGCUGGCCUUCAAGUCGCUCGAUAAUGUCAUCUGGCUGAUCAAGAAGGAGAGCAAUGUCGAAAAAACCGAGAGAUUCACGCUGCGGGAGAUCAUCGUGGUGCGCCUUGUCACUCCCGGGGGCCCCGGGAUCGAGGCACGCUCCUUCGAUCGCGAGCAUGGCGUGCGAAUGAGCGAAUUUGAUGUGAUUGCCUCCGAUUAUGCGUACGUCAAAUCGAAUCUACAUCUGACACUCAAUCCGAAGGAUGCCCUGCGCAAUCGCAGCGCCCUCCCGGUGGCCGUGGCCUCGGCUGUCGCCUCGAAGAUCGAUCAUCCUGCCACCUGGGACCAGAAAACCUACGACAAGGUCAUGUGCUAUGGCGUCAACAUGUGCAAGAACUGCUGGGAGCCGUGCAACGAUCUCAACCAACCGAUGGACCUCGACACGUUUCCGCGGCAGAUCCGCAUGGGCCAGUUCGUGGCCGAGAUCCUGCUCUCGCCCAACAUUUUCGAGGGCUGGUGGAAGUGCGUCCCGAUGUACAAGUUCAACGACUUCCAUCUGAUGCUGGAGAAGGCCCUGGAGGAGAACGACUACGUGAUCUUUCAGAUCAACAAUCAGAUGUACUCGCUGUGGAGGAAGGGGGACUUCAUCUACCUGAUGGAUCCCUAUCGGCACCACAUUGUCGGACGCAUACUGGAGGAGGGCGAGGAUCCCAAGAGCGCCUCGGUGCGGAUGUUCGGCAACAUCGAUCGCCUGCUGAGUGUCUUCCAUCAGGUACUCCUGGAGUCGAAUCGGUCGGCCAUCUUUCACAUCCACGGCCUGAAGAUCCGCAACAUCACCGAGUGCCCGCCGGGCACGGCACCGGCCCUCCUGCCCGCCGACCAGGAAGUGGACGUGGCCUCGCUCAACGAGAACAUCCGCUUCGAUGAGAACUACGACAAGUGUCUGGAAGAGCUGGGCGACAUAAGUGACUACGAGGAGGAUCUGGCCUCCGAGAUCGAGCCCAUUGUCGAGAUUAGCUCCUCGGAGGAGAUGGUCGAGGAGGAGGAGGGCGGCGAGGGCGAAGGCGGUGGCGGUGGCGAGGAGGACGAGGACGACGAGGAUUAGGAUACGAAAUUAUUUGUAAAGCAUUUUGAUGCCUACAUUUCAGAUAUCAGAGGUUAUCGCGGCUAUCGAAAAUAAAAGCUAAA